ACCAGGCGAAUCGGGUGUAUAACUUCCUGUAAACAAUCGAUCAAAAAUUAUGGUGGACAUUCAGUCAUUAUGUGAUGAUGGUGUAAAGUUUGCCACAGAAGCGGUUAAAUAUGACCAAGCAGGCGACUUCGAACAGGCAAUAUUCUUCUACUCAGAAGCUUCUGAUGCACUUUUGAAAGCUUGGUGCGAGGACAACAGUUUAAAUGUUCGAUUAAAAGUAGAAAAGUAUAUUGAAAGAGCCGAGGAAUUGUAUCAAAGUAAAGGUAGUGAUGAUGUGAAGAAACCUCUAAAAUCAUCACAACAAAAAGAUCUCGAAAAGGCACGUUUCUUCUUGCAACAAGGCCUAGCAGAGGAUGAGAAGGGCCGAAAAGAUGAAGCCAUUCCUUUGUAUACAGAUGCAGCAGAAAUUUGUCUGAAAGCUUGCAAAGGAUUGGAAGACAAAGAUCUCCAGUCCAAGCUGCAAUCCUUAGCACUGCAAGCUGUUGAAAGAGCUGAAGCAAUUAAACAACUAUCUCCCACAAAAUCAAAUGCUCACCUAGCAUCAGCUCUUCCAAAAACAAACCAAGACAAAGGGAAAAAGCCAACUCUUACAAGCAAAGAACUUGAAGUUUUAAAAAAAACAUCAUUUAUCAAUGGAAAAAAGUAUCUGCCAUGGCUUGAUGUUGAUGUAUAUGAAAAGUUUGGUUAUCUUGAUGUAUUCAGUGAUCCUGAUGGAAACCUACCGCUUUCAGUUAAACAGAAAGAUAGAUUUGCAAAAUGGGUUCGACCAAGCGACCUGACUGAUGACCCAAAAAUGAUUUAUGCUGUCUCAAGUUUAAGUAUUCGUCAGACUGUUGUUACAGACUGUUCCUUCGUUGCAUCAUUAGCUAUUUCUGCCGCAUACGAAAGGAAAUUUCGUAAACGUAUAAUUACAAAGAUUAUAUUCCCACAGAACAGAAACGGAGAGCCAGUCAUAAACCCGUCGGGAAAGUAUAUGAUAAAAUUAUGGGUAAAUGGUGUUUCUCGAAAAGUAAUUAUUGACGACAAAUUACCAUUAGGUGAAGAUGGUCAGUUGCUGUGUUCCUACUCUAUGAACAAAAAUGAAAUGUGGGUUAGCCUUAUUGAAAAAGCAUAUCUGAAGGUAAUGGGAGGAUAUGACUUUCCUGGCUCAAAUUCAAAUAUUGACCUUCAUGCUUUAACUGGAUGGAUUCCAGAAAGAGUUUCAAUAAAAUUAGAUAGCCCCGAUUUCAAUACGGAUUCUUUAUUUGAUCGAAUUUUUUCUGGAUUACAUCGAGGCGACUGUUUAAUAACAGCUGCUACUGGUAACUUGGGUGAUGCCAUUGCAGACCAAGCAGGCCUUGUUCCAACUCACGCUUAUGCCGUACUCGACAUUAGAAAAAUCAAGAAUUUCAGACUUCUUCAACUAAAAAAUCCUUGGACACAUUUGAGAUGGAAGGGAAAUUUUUCUGAAAAAGACACUGAAAACUGGACUCCUGAAUUGCAGAAGGCAUUAAAUUUCGAUCUUAAAAGUGCAAUCCGAGUCGACAAUGGUGUUUUUUGGAUUGAUUGGAAGUCUUUGUUACACUUCUAUGACGUGUUGUACAUUAACUGGAAUCCAAAAUUAUUUACAAGUCGCUACGUCCUCCAUUCGACGUGGAAAUCUGCGGAAGGACCUGUAAGGGACGCAUACAAUUUAGGGGAAAAUCCACAGUAUAAACUUCAAGUUAAUUUUACCAGCGAUCAGAAUCCGGUCGUUUGGAUCCUUUUAACUAGGCAUAUUUUGGAUAGGGACGACUUUGCAAACAACAAAGAAUUUAUUACCGUACAUGUUUAUAAAACGUCAGGGCAAAGGGUCUAUUAUCCAGACAACUGUUAUAUCGAGGGUGUCAAGAUCAACAGUCCUCAUUAUUUGGUUAAACUUAAUCCCGACAAAACAACGAAUACGUUCACUCUGGUGCUUUCACAGUACGAGAAACAUAACGCAAUACACUACACGUUGAAGGUAUUUUCUUCAGCUGAAUUUAAACUCUCUCCCGUACCGAAUCCCUAUGUUUGUCACAAACAGGAAACUGGAGAAUGGAAAGGGAUUACUGCAGGCGGUUGUCCCAACUAUCCCGAAACUCACAAGAACAACCCUGUGUAUUUCUGCGAACUGGAAGAGUCUGCGCCUUCUACGACACUUAGCGUUCUCGUCAAAGUGCGUGGACCAAGACAAUAUGCUGUUGGUUGCCUUAUGAUAUCUUUGGCAUCUUCAGGAGGAUACCCAGUUUUCAAGAAAUCAGUUGAGUCAUACAGAACUGGGUUUUGUGUAUUGGAACUUUCCGAUGUACCUGCUGGCUCAUACCACAUUAUUCCGUCAACAUUUCGACCACAGUGUGAAGGUCCAUUCAUCUUAGAAGUUUCUUCAUCUUCACGACUUACUCUACGAAGACUUUAAAUAACGGAGAACUAUAAUAUAUAUCACUAUUUAGACUGUAAUAUAUCAUACGCAGCGGCAGCGUGUGCCGCAAUUAACAUGCGCAUAGCAGUGAUAUAGCACAACUUCAUUUUUUUGUUAUCCAAUGCUUAUCUGAAGGAUGUUUCUUAAAAGUUUAAGUCAGCAGGUAUCUCUAUAGCAAUUAAGCAGUGGCUGGAUGAAGCGGUCAAGAUAAUAGACACUUACUGUUUAUGAUUGCCGAUUUACAUUUAAUUUUAUAUAACACCUUAUUAGUAUAAUGUCUUUUAAAUGGUCGUUUUUGAUCACGUGGCAUUAAAUAGAAAUUUCCAUUUUACUGACCAGUCUAGCCGUGCAAAUAGUUUUUUCCAUUUCACGGUUGCUUUC